AUGGACAAGUUCACAAAGUGGAUCGAGGCCCGGCUGAUUGCGAUGAUCAAGUCUGAGCAGGCCGUGGAAUUUUUCCUUGACAUCAUCCACUACAUGGGAGUACCGAACUCAAUCAUCAUGAACAAUGGUACACAAUUUAUGGGAAAGGAAUUCCUCAAGUUCUACGAUGACUACCAUAUUCGAGUUGAUUGGGCCGCCGUGGUGCACCCCUGCACAAAUGGGCAAGUCAAACGAGCGAACGGCAUGGACGUCCCCAGUCGGGCGACCAGUUUCUCCCCUUUCUUCAUGGUCUAUGGUUCUGAGGCAGUGGUCCUGACCGACCUAGACUAUGGAACGCCCAAGGCCAGGGCGUACAACGAGCAAGGAGCAGAGGCGUCUCUCGAGGACGCGAUGGACCAGCUCGACGAGGCAUGCGAUGUCGCACUACUUCGAUCGGCCAUGUACCAGCAGGCGCUGCGACGGUACCACAACCGUCGAGUGUGGGGCUGCGUGUUCAACGUUGGCGACUUGGUGCUACAGCUCGUCCAGAGCAACAAAGACCAUCACAAGCUCUCCUUGCUCUAG